GUAGGCGUGGUAUCAAAGGCGUGGCUAUGUUACAGCAAUGGAGAGUCAAGAUGAGCACGUUUUAAAUGCCUUUAUGAUAAAUGCAAGGACACUUUCCAACGUAUUGAAAGCUAUACAAUUUAGAGAUACUGCAACCUGCUUUAUCAGUUCCACUGGAUUGAGAGUGACAGUAGAGCAGGCAAAGUGUGUACAAGCAAAUUGUUUUGUAAAAUCAGAUCUCUUUCAAGCCUACAACUACAAUGAGGACUCCACACUGAUAUUUAAUAUUGACCUUAAUGUUCUAAUUGAAUGUUUGUGUAUUUUUGGUAAUGAAGCAAACACAUCAUUAAGAUUGUACUAUGAUGGAUAUGGGACUCCACUUCAAUUAGUUCUUGAAGAGAAUGAAGUGGUCACUGAGUGUUCAAUUCAAACAUCAGAAGCUGAUGAAACGCUUGACUUUGAUUUUGUAUCAGCAAACGUUUGCAAUAAAGUGAUCAUUAAAUCAGAGUGUAUGAGGGAGACUUUCAAUGAGUUGGAUUUGAGUAGUGAAUUUAUUGAGAUUUACAUGUCAGAAGGAGAACCAAAUUUUAGACUGUCUACUCAUGGAUAUACAGGGACCACUCAGUUUGAUUAUCCUAAAAAGUCUGAUAUGGUUGAAGUAUUCGAGUGCAAAACAACUCAAAAGAACAAAUACAAGCUUGCAUUACUAAAGCCUUCAGCUAAGGCACUUAGUCCAUCAUCAAAGAUAGCAUUAAGGAUGGACACAAGAGGUUUCCUCUCAUUGCAGUUCAUGAUAGUCACUGAGGAUAAACAACUUUGCUUUGUAGAAUACCUGUGUGUUCCUGAAGAUGAUAGCAAAGAAGACUAGCAAUCAACUUUAAACUAAAAACUACUGACCAAUUUCACCCUCAAUCACUUGUAAUACACUUCAUUAAUAAUAUUAGUUAAUAAUGGAAAUUAAUUUGUUAUCAAAGCUUGUCUCCUCAUUCUUCUUUUGUAUCUCUACAUCAGUAUAGAUUUAAUUAUUUGGAUUGAUCAUGGACCCCGUGUCUCUAAAAUAAAA